AUGGAAUCCAAGCUCACCCAGGAUGUCGGCCCGCUAGCGGCGGCGGCCUCGUCUUUCCCGAUGCUCGUGUACGACUACGAGCACGGCAACCCGCCGGAGAUUUCCCAGACCGUCCUCUCGGUCUCCGACGGCUCCAUGCGCACGAUCCGAGUUCCCGAGAUGUGCGACUACACGUGUCUGGAGACUCAGCAAGGCCUAAUGCUCAUGGUGGACACCGCCUCAGGAUCCUGCUGGCUCUGGAACCCGCAGACCGGGGAGAAGACGGCGCUGCCCUCCAUGAACGGCGAGCUGCCGUACCAGUGCCGGUGCCUAAUCUCUGACACCACAAGUUCUCCUCCAGACUCGGUCUCGGACGACGUCGAUCCUCCGGACUCCCUCGUGCUCGUCUACGACCUCACGCGCCCGGAGCUUCUGUUCUGCCGAAUCAGAAGGCGGCGCCGGGGGGCGUUCUACUACUCCGAGUCCAGAGACGUGAUCGGCGCUCUCUUCAGCUUCGCCGACGAUCCGGAGCCGCGUCUGGAGCUCGUCACCUUUGAUGCUCCGCUGCCCACUCUCGCCGUGGACGCGCCGCAGCUGAAAGCGACGAAGAGCUACCUGCUGGAAUCCUCGAGAGAGCUCUUCCUCGUCUGCCUCUUCUACAUCAGCAGCAGCAUCGAGCGCAUCGAAGAGGUCGGCGCCUACGUGAUGGAUUUCUCGAAGAAGGAAUGGUGCAAGGUGACCGACAUUGGCGACGCGGCGUUUCUUCUUGGUCCCGGUCCCGGAUGCUUCGCGGCCUCGUGCUCUGCGGCGGAGCAUGGCCUAAAGAGCGGGUGUGUCUACCUUGCUGACGACAACAACGAUCUCCACAUCUUUGAUCUCAAGCAAGGCACUCGUGAGCUCGUUAGACCAACUCAGGACAUACCUUCUCUCUCGCGCGUGCCAUUUUGGCUGGUGCCUGGUGCCCGUCCUCCCGCAGAGCCAGAGCUCUUUCAAGUAUCGUACCGUGAUUAA